CGCAGGGAGGGGGAGCUCUCGCCGCGGCGGCCACCGCGUCCGCGCGGCCGGAGGGUGGGCAGGGAGGGGCGCGCGGGGAGGGGAGCCCGGCGUGCCUUUCCGAGCGCGAGCGCGCGGCGAGCUCCCACCCCGCCGCCCGCAGAGCCCGAGGCGCAACUGGUGCGAGGGCCCGGGGCUCGCGUCGCCGCCAGCCCAGCUCGGGCAGCCGGGGCUCCGGCCGCGCGCCCGCCGGGGCUUCGCGAGGCGGGGGCCUGUCUGCGCAGGGCCGGGGCUUUGCAUGAAGCCGCUCGACCCCACGGAGCGGCGGCGGCGGCAGCGGCGGACCCCGGCGGCGGCGGCGCGCGGUCGGAGCCGGGCGGCCCGGGUGCCCGGGCCCCGGUGGAUGCGCGGCUGGGGAGCGGCCCAUGGGCCGGAGCUGAGGCUGCCCGGGGCGGCGGGGCGCGGGGCGGGGGGCGCGGCCGAGGCCCGCGGGCGGCGGCGCAGGAGGAAGCGGAGGAGGACCGGCGCGCGGGGCCCGGGAGGCAGGCGGCGCGGCGCGGCCGCCGCGGCCCGGGGCUCGCCAUGCUCCUGGCCUCGGCCGUGGUGGUCUGGGAAUGGCUGAACGAGCACGGCCGCUGGCGUCCCUACAGCCCGGCCGUGAGCCACCACAUCGAGGCGGUGGUCCGCGCCGGCCCCCGCGCCGGGGGCAGCGUGGUGCUGGGCCAGGUGGACAGCCGUCUCGCGCCCUACAUCAUCGACCUGCAGUCCAUGAACCAGUUCCGCCAGGAUACCGGGACCCUGCGCCCAGUUCGCCGCAACUACUACGACCCGUCCUCGGCGCCCGGGAAGGGCGUGGUGUGGGAGUGGGAGAAUGACAACGGCUCUUGGACGCCCUACGACAUGGAGGUGGGCAUCACCAUCCAGCACGCCUACGAGAAGCAGCACCCCUGGAUCGACCUCACUUCUGUCGGCUUCAGCUACGUCAUCGACUUCAGCACCAUGGGCCAGAUCAACCGGCAGACGCAGCGCCAACGCCGCGUCCGCCGGCGCCUGGAUCUCGUCUACCCCAUGGUCACGGGCGCCCUGCCCAAGGCCCAGUCCUGGCCGGCCAGCCCCGCGUCGGCUGCCUCGCCCGCGGCCCCGCCCUGCUCCUGCCCACAGUGCGUCCUGGUGAUGAGCGUCAAGGCCGCUGUGGCCAACGGGGGGAGCGCGGGGCCGCUGCAGCCCCCGGCCGCCCGCAAGCACAUGCCCCCGUCUGGGGCGGCCAGGCUGCCCCCCCCACCAGGCCCUGCGGCCAAGCCGCUGGACAGCACGGGCACCAUCCGAGGCCCGGUGAAGCCCGUCCCGUCGCAGGCGAUCCGGCGACAGGCCUCCGGCACGCCGGCUGGGGUGACCAUGGGCUCUCCUGCCAGCCCCCCCGGAGCCAACGGCAAGACGGGAAGGGUGGCCCUGGCGACCUUAAAUCGGACCAACCUGCAGCGACUGGCCAUCGCCCAGUCCCGGGUGCUGAUCGCCUCUGGGGUCCCCACUGUGCCAGUAAAGAACCUCAAUGGGUCCAGUCCUGUUAAUCCGGCCCUGGCAGGAAUCACCGGGAUUCUCAUGAGUGCAGCCGGGCUGCCCGUGUGCCUCACCAGGCCGCCCAAGCUGGUUCUCCACCCGCCCCCGGUCAGCAAGAGCGAAAUCAAAUCCAUCCCGGGGGUUUCCAACACGAGCCGCAAGACCACCAAAAAGCAGGCCAAGAAAGGUAAAACCCCAGAGGAAGUGCUCAAGAAGUAUCUGCAGAAAGUCCGGCACCCGCCAGAUGAGGACUGCACCAUCUGUAUGGAGCGCCUCACGGCCCCCUCGGGCUACAAGGGCCUGCAGCCAACAGUCAAGCCUGACCUGGUGGGAAGGCUGUCCAGAUGCGGCCACAUCUACCACAUCUAUUGUCUGGUCGCCAUGUACAACAAUGGCAACAAGGACGGAAGUUUGCAGUGUCCAACCUGUAAGACCAUUUAUGGGGUGAAGACAGGCACCCAGCCUCCGGGGAAGAUGGAGUACCACCUCAUCCCUCACUCCCUGCCCGGCCACCCCGACUGCAAAACCAUCCGGAUCAUCUACAGCAUCCCUCCUGGCAUUCAGGGGCCGGAACACCCGAAUCCUGGGAAGAGUUUCAGCGCCCGUGGCUUCCCAAGACAUUGUUACCUUCCAGACAGCGAGAAAGGGAGAAAAGUGCUGAAGCUGCUGCUUGUGGCCUGGGAUCGCCGCCUCAUCUUUGCCAUCGGUACCUCCAGCACCACCGGCGAGUCAGACACCGUCAUCUGGAACGAGGUCCACCACAAGACAGAGUUUGGCUCUAAUCUCACGGGUCACGGCUACCCAGAUGCCAAUUACCUGGAUAAUGUGCUGGCUGAGCUGGCUGCCCAGGGCAUUUCCGAGGACAGCACUACCCAGGAGAAGGACUGAGCUGGAGGGUCUUUGAGCCAGGAGGGGCCGCGGGGACCACAGGGCAGGAAGUGGGAGAAUGGAGGUGGAAGUUGGUGCCAUGCCCUCCCAAUCCCCUCAUUUCCCGCUCUGUCCUAUCCCCAUUCCCCAUCCCUCCUGGCCACAGCGGGGAGGGAGAUGAAUAAGGUGAUGUCAUUCAUAAACCUCAUCCACCACAAAGGGGACAUGGGAUGAGGGCCAUCCUCGGUCUGUUCCCAUGGAGUUUUCGGUGCUGGGUAGGCAAGAACCCCCCCCCCCCCGCCCCCCUGAGUAGGGGCACGGUCAGCACACUUAGGGUAUGGACAGAGCGUGGGCACUCUAUACCUUGGCCUUGUGAAGCCUGAGGUUCAAUGCCUCAGCUGGCUUCUUGCUGCUUCCACUCUGCUUUGAGAGCAGAGUUUCUGCUUUUUUCUCCUCCUCUGGAGGCGAGGAGCUCUCACUGUGCAAGAUUGGGGGGCAAAGGGGUGAACCGCUAAAUUGCUGUGACAUCAGAUGUCGAUGCCUCGGUGUUCAGCGAGGAAGCACUUCUCACCAAGAGGGUCAGAGAAGCAAAGGCUUCUGGGAGCACACUCGGCUCUCAGAAUAGUCCUUGGCCUCUCUGGGCCCUCCCUCCUCACAUCUUCGACCUGUCCAAAGAGGCAUCUGGUUCUCUUGUGUGGAUGGAUGGACUCUGGGAUUCCUCUCUGGGUUGGCAUCCCAUGAUGUUUCCAGCCCCUCUCUGAUCAGACCAGAGUCUGCAUCCCACUUAGCAUCUGAACUGUCCUCAGGGAGAGGAGCCCAUAGCCUUCUUCCCAACUCAUCCCAGACCAGCUCAAAGAUUCCAUGAGUUUCAUCAAGUCACUGUGAGUAGAGCCCAGGCUGGGUUCUGUGCCAUCUAUGUAUGCGCAUAUGUGUGUGUGUGUGCGCGCGAGUGUGCACCACUGGGCCAGGUUGGUGGACAGUCCCAUCCUGUUCUCCCAUUCUGUUUUGCAAACUGUCAAACUCCAGCUCUGAUGGGGCUCAAACAGCCAGGCUGCGGUUCCUUGACUUUCUUCACCCUUUGCCAACCCAUUUCCACAGUAAACUUGGACCCAAAUGGUAACAAUCAUGCAUCUUUCUAGAUGCCCCCAGGGAACAGUGCUUGGGGAGAUGUGUCAGGUGAGGACUGGACUGACCCCUUUUUAUAUCUCUUUCAAGACCAUAUCUAAACCAGUCUAUCCGGUCAUGUUUCUAUGAGGGCUUCGAUCUGUCUCCAUGCAUGUUUGCUAAUCAGAGCCCAGAGGGGGCUGGGCCC